AUGUGGAUGGGUCUGUAUGACAAGAAACAAAGGGACCACGAUGGGGUAAAGUACCAGUGGCAGGACUGCAGGGCGCUCGGUUCCUUCAGACCGUGGUCAUCGUCAGAGCCUGAUGACAAGGAUACCGAUCACUGUGUGAGGCUGUCAACAUCCGGGACGUUCAAGACUAGUUCAUGCAGCGUACAGUAUCACACAGUAUGUCAGCAAGACGUGAAAUGCUGGUUUAAGAAACGUGAUGCAGAUGUCUCUAAAUACAUCAAAAUCACGACCAAUUUCACGCAGUCAAAAUGCAAGCGGGAUUGCCAGCUGCGAGAUGUGGAGGACAAUGCUUGUGUCGCUUUCAAGUAUUCUAGUGGUACAUGCCACAUCUAUCUACGAUCCCCUCCAGGACCGCCUCCUGUCACAUCACCUUAUCGAACAACAGUUUCAGUGAAACGAUGUCAUAGAGGUUACUUCAACUCCACCCAUCCUCCUGCAGCUGAAAACAAAGACGAAUUUGCAAUCGACGCUUGUGAUGCUGACACUACUACGUCAUCAUCGACAGCAACACCGCCCCCUUCCGUAGCAUCUACAACCGAAACAUCUGCACUCUCAAGCGGCACGACUACUGUCGUCUCAUCUAGUGCUUCUAUUUCAACUACGUUUCCCACUACGUCUGCGGCAAGUACUGUUCCUGUGACGACUGCUGUUAUUUCCCCAACUGCUCCAACAACAAUUGCUCCCACAACAACUACCACUUUCUUAACUGCUGCUACUGUCACUGUGGAUACUACCACUGCUGGGGUUACUACCGAUGUUGCUACUACUAUCAUUUCUGCUGCUACUACCACUGAAAGCGCUACCACCACUUCUGGCGCUUCAACCACUGCUAGCGCUACAACCACUGCUGGCGCUACCACCAUUUCUGCUGCUACUACCACUGCUAACGCUACUACCACCGCUAACGCUACCACCACUGCUGGCGCAACCGCCACUGCUGGCUUUACAACCACCCCUGAUGUUGUCACUGCCGUCGUUGCUGCAGGUGCUUCUACUACACCAACUACUACCACUGCUAUUGCUGCUACCACUACUAAUGCUACAACAGUGACCACGCCGACAACGUCACGAUCAAUAACAACACCUGGUGCUGACAACGUCGAUGUCAUUGAGCUCGUUCUGUCACCAAUGCAUCAUUGUCAUGUCACAGGUAUGUGUCAUGAAGUCUGCAUCAAAGUAAGAGGCCUGUAUACGCUGGACAUGAUGACCUUGUUGAAGCACCUUCUUCUUGAAAGAAAUGUAUUAUCUUCCUAUCGCAGAUCCAAAAUAUCAAUACCUGACUACCGACCCUCUGCCGUCAGUAUUGGUAUGGUGGGUAUAUGUAUUCUCGUAGGGUUUGUUGUGACUAUUGUUCUUAUGGACGUGGUCAAAUAUGCCUCAUGGACUUGACAUGUAUAUGCUAUGGAAAUUGUUGAAAGCACAAAUAUGUGAACAACCUCUUGUCAUCGCUAACCAUGUUAUACGCACUAUACAUGUCUGUACAUUCAUGUACCACGCACAUUGAUUAUGUGACUCCAAAUCAGUUACAUUAUUUACUUUGUUCAUCUUGUAAAUGCUAAGGAAAUUGUUGAAAACAUAAAUAUGUGAACAACCUCUUGUCAUCGCUAACCAUAUUAUACGCAAUAUAUAUGUCUGUACAUUCAUGUACCAU